AUGCCUCACCAGCAGCUGGUCAAGCGCAGCGACCAGCACGGAAAAGAGGAUGACAGCUCGACUGUUGCCUAUGCAGAACCGAUUGAAACCAAAAACACUACAUUAAAGGUCAACGAAAGCUCGGAAACAGCAGAUACCGACUCGACGGCCGAACCAUUCAUGUCCUUCGAAGACUGGAAGGAGAUAAUGCUGCAAAGAACCGGGCAAGACCCGCAAGAUCUGAAGCAACGGAAAGGCUCAGAUUCUCAGAGUGAUGAACGUCAAAAACUUCAGUCAUACUCUGGAAGCGAUUUGGGAGAUGAGGGUGAAAUCUCCUUGAAUUUCGGCGGAUACAUGGAGAAACCAGAGGCUGAACAUGGUUACGAUGGCGGAAAGGAGCACACUAACGAGUCGCCCGCCGAAGCUGGACAAUCCGCCCUUCGCCGCAACAAAGAUGCGGGCAAAACUUGCAAAGAGAGAUUUUCUUUUGCGUCAUUCGAUGCCGGGGCCACGAUCCUCAAAACUAGCUCCGGUGCCAAGAACUCCAAGGCUAUCCUAGUCGAGAACAAAGACACAUAUAUGCUUCUCGAAUGUGCAACACCCAACAAAUACGUUAUCAUCGAACUGACGGACGAUAUUUGGGUUGAUACCAUCGUCCUAGCCAACUUUGAAUUCUUCUCUAGCAUGAUACGCCAUUUCCGUGUCAGCAUCUACCACGGCGGCAACAACGUCGUCUUCUUCUUCACCUGCGGCCGCCGCAGGCAAAAACCCAGUUGCUUCCGCCUCCAAUAG